AUGUUACCUUCAGCUCGUAUUGGGCUUCAAGGAGUACGUCUUGUUCAUCUUUCCGCUGUGAACAGUAAGUUUAAUUUCUUUUUAUUUACGUAUUCUUUGUAAAAUAUGAUGUUUAUUAAUUCUUAAAUAUACAAGUAUGUUACAAAAUACAAUGCUUACAGACAGAGGACCUGUUGUCUAUCCUGGUUGGUACCCGAGAGAUCACAGACCUAACCCAUACCCGGAGAACGAUGAAGAACGACGAGCAUCCGCUAUCAAAUACGGAUUGAGGCCUGAAGAUUACAAGUGAGUUUUUUGUUGAAGGUUUUUAGUUUUUAGACCCAUUGACAAAGACAAUGUUACCUCCUUUGCUGGAGACUACCCUGAUCUUGGCCUUGUUACCUUUGACAACAAGGAUAUAUACGAGAACUUUUCUGAUGGACUCAACAACAGAAAUUGGGGAGAGCCGGUAUGUUGACAUGCAUAAUAUUGUUGUUUGUAGAUAACACAAAAGCAUAUAUUUACAAGUUUUAUAUUAAAAUGGCAAUUCACCGUUUUGAUUUCAUGAUGCAUUAUUUACUUUCUCAACAGAGAUUUAGUUCUUGUUUCUAUUGUUCUUAUUGUUACUUCAAAUUUUUACUUUUAGGUAAUCUUCAACUUCACCAAGCACCGAGCUGAUCGUAAUUCUUACAAUGGUUUGGACAUUGAGGAUUUUACGCUGUAAGUAUAUUUACUAAUAAAUAGUAUUGUGACUUGAACUAUAACAAAUUUAUGAAAUUUUUUUUAAAAUUUGAACUAAAUUUUACAAAAUGUUUGCAGAAAGAGAGGCUUGCUGCACUUUGCCAUAGUGCUGGUCCCAAUGUUCUUAUUGUACAAGUAUAUGUCGUCUUAUGACCCAAACUCCUUUAACUGGAAGAAUCCUUCUGUAAGUUUUUUUAAAGCUUUACUUUGUCUAAAACAAAGUUGUUGUAACGAUAUUGUAUACAUAAUUAUUAAAUUUACAAAACAUACAAUGAACUUUUGAUUUAGAUGCCGAAGCAGUACCAUUGGGACUACUAUCCAACCUUCCCUUACGGUGAUGCAAGAUCACUUCCAAUCAAGAAUUAUACUUUUGAGCCAGCUGAAUAG